AUGGCUUCAGGCCACACCACCCUGAACCUGGAAGAUGAACUAAACUGUCCCCUUUGCCUCCAGCUCUACGCGGAUCCGGUCAUACUGGACUGCGGGCACGACUUCUGCCGGCACUGUAUUACGAAAUACUGGGAGAAGGAGAAUCGAACCGCCUGCCCCGAGUGCGGCCAAGUCUUCCCGGACAGAAGCCUGAAGGCGAAUCGCGCGCUGGGAAAACUGGUUAAAAAGAGUAGGAAUCAUUCCCUGAAUCUCAAACUCAAGGACAACAAACCGUAUUGCAUCGAACACGAGGAGGAGCUGAAAUUGUUUUGUGAAACGGACAAGAAGCUGAUCUGUGUGAUGUGUCUGGACAGGAGAGACGGAAGAAGCCAUAAAACCCACAACUUCAUGUUGAUCAACGAAGCGGUGGAGAUUUACAAGGAGAAGAUGAAACUGAGUCUCAAUUCCCUCAAGCAGAAAAAGUCUUAUUACCAAGAAUUCGAAUCGAAACAACAGGAAAAGAUCACAGAAAUCAAGGAUCAGUCGAAUAAGCUGCAGAACCACAUCACGACGGAGUUUUCCAAAAUGCGCAGCGUGCUGGACGAAAAGCAGCAGAAUCUGUUCUCGGACCUGACGACGCAGGAAAACGACGUUCUGUCAAGGAUGGAGAGCAACCUUCGCAAGAUUCAGGAGAACCUAAAUCGCACGCAGCAAAUGCUCUCGAACGUGCAGAAGCGGUUAGAUUACCAGGACGUCUACGCCAUGCUGAAGGACCCUCCACUCGACGAGAAGAGCACUGAAGACGACUAUCAACCUACGAUAGCAGAGGGCAACCUACCAAUCGGAAUCUUCCAAGGACCAGUCCAGUAUAGAGUGUGGAAACAAGUAAUAGACAUAAUAAAUCCUGUUCCAACCUAUCUGACCCUGAACGCGAACACAGCUCAUCCCCGGUUAGUUCUAUCCGAGGAUCUGACCGUGGUCACCUACGGAGACGUGAAACAAGAGGUCAGGGACAACCCCGAGAGGUUCGACACCUGCGUCUGUGUCCUGGGCUCCGAAGCGUUCACCUCCGGCAAGCACUACUGGGAGGUGGAGGUGGGAUCCAAGACUGAGUGGGACCUGGGUGUGGUCAGGGAGUCCAUAAACAGGAAGGGGCACACCACGGCGACGCCGGAAUCCGGCUAUUGGAUCGUGUGGCUGAGAAAUGGGAACGAAUACAAGGCAACCACUGUUCCGCGGACCCGCUUGAACGUACCGAGAAAACCCCGAGCGAUUGGGGUGUACCUGGACUAUGAGGGCGGACAAGUGUCUUUUUACAACGUGGACAAUAUGUCCCAUCUUUACACUUUCAUUGACACUUUCACCGGCAAACUCUUCCCUUACUUCAGUCCAGGCAUUAAUGAUGACGGAGAAAACUCUGAACCACUCAAAAUCCUUCCAGUCAGAUGUCACGAGGAAUAA